AUGGGAAAUCAAGCAAGACCAGAUGUCCCGUCCGACUUGCUCUCCGAUAUUAAAAUACAAGCAGAUGAAGAAACCGAAAACGCUAUCAAGCAAGCAUCAAGUGACAACGAUACUGGUGUUUAUGUUGAAUAG